CUUCCGUCUCCACCCUCGCCGUGGUCCUCUUGGGCGGGCACUUAAUCCGCGUGGCGUUCGGCAUGCGCGCGGCCGCGCGACGCGCGCGCUUCCUGGCAAGGGCGCAGCUCUUCACUUGGGGCGUGUGGACUUGCACGAAUGUCGCGCGGCUGCUCAAGGCCUUCCUUCGGCAAGAGGAGGAGCUGCUAGAGGACAUCGAGAGCGUGCUGGGCGCCAUCGACCAGGGUGAGAGCGCGCUUCAGCAGUCCGUUCUAAUCGAGCUCGGCCUCCUCAGUCCACUCCUCGGCCGCUCCCUCCGGAUCCCCGCCGGUUUCAUGCUUGCCAACAUUGGCCUCACUCUCAUGUCCGCGGGACGCCUCGGCUGGCUCUUCCCCUCCCACUCCUACCCGACUCGCAUGGCCCACUGCUUGAUCGCGCCCUACAUUGGCUCGUUCGUGGCCAGUGCGCUGCUUCUCUGCGCCACCGGGGUCCUGCCUUGGCGGGCGCGCGCGGGGGGGGGGGAGUCGCUAGGCUCGCCACGAGGUCCGCACAGAGCAACUUGAAGCCGGGUGCACAUUGCAGAGAGUCAAGAAAGCUACCCUGAACGCAC